GAAAGAAAAGCAAAACAAAGAUGAACAGAGUGGAAUGAAGACUGAAGAGAAAGAGUGAAGUCGUGAAUCCUCGUUUCCCCCGAAGUUUCAGGCUUUAACCCCUUUCGUCACUCUUAAUCGGAAUCUUUUCGCUCAUUCCAUUCCCUAACCAGAUUUUGGCUGUUAGUAAGGAAGCUGGAAAGUGGUUGAAGUAGAUGCCCGACAAUGGAGACCAUAUCCAUGAUUUUGUCAACUCAACUUGGAGAUUUUGUUCUUCUUUAGGUGGUUGGAUUUCGGGUUUAAUAUUGAAACCUUGCAAAAAAGUGGUUGGCAUAGUAUUUACUAGUUCUCUUUCUAGGUUGGCUGACGGAAAAGACAAUUGUUAUCCUGAGUUCAUGGAUGAAUGUAUAUAUAUUAGCUCAUCAGAUGAUGACCUUGAGGAGAUAGAAGAUCCAAAGAGGAGUCUCCCUCAAUGGGCUACUGCUGAAAGGAAUUCAGAUUAUGGUGGACGGCCAAGGCACGAUAGUUUUUCAAGAGGCGCAAGUACUUCAGGUUCUAGCUCUUCCAAUGUUAAUAAUAAUCAUUCCCAAAUCAAGCUUCAUGCUCAACCUGUAUCUAGCAAAAAUGGACUGAAUCAGAGAGUUGCACGUCGAGAAGAACCUUCAUAUCAUGCACAGAAUGGAAACACAAGUCAGUCAACUCAACAGGCUUUCAAGCGGGCUCUUCCUCAAACUGUUCAUCCAUAUACAUCAAGGGUUCCACCAUCUUCGUCGUUUGCACCUGAUAGCAGAUUAAGUAACUUAAAGGAUAACAUGAACAAUAGUCAGUUUUUUGAUACAUAUAGGAAUCGUCCCCAUGGAGUAGGACCUAGCACGAUGAACGACAAGGCCUACAACCGUGGCCCAUUUAUGAGGGGCAGUGAUGAAGAUCGCUUCAUGCAUCAAAAUGGUGUGAUUAGGGUUCUUCCUCCAUCUUUGAUGCAUGGUAAGUCUGUACCUCCACAGUAUGCUAGUUCCAGUGAACCUGCAUUCCGCUCUGGUGCAGGUGAUGAACGGGCUCCUGGAAGUGAUGAGAGACUAAUUUAUGAGGCCAUUGUGGAGGAUCUCAGUCAAAAUAGAGUAGAAGUUGAUGUACCUGAUGGUCACAUGUGUGUCUCUCUUCUUAGACAUCAGAAAAUUGCAUUGGCUUGGAUGCUUCAGAAGGAAACCAGAAGUUUGCAUUGCCUUGGGGGGAUUUUGGCUGAUGAUCAGGGCCUUGGCAAGACAGUUUCAAUGAUUGCCCUCAUCCUAAUGCAGAGGUCACUGCAAUCAAAAUCUAAAACAGACGAUGCAUGCAAUCAUAAAACUGAAGCUUUGAAUUUGGACGAUGAGGAUGAUCGUGCUACUGUUGAUUUGGAAAAGCUUGAAAAUAAAGAAGAAUCUGAUGAUGUAAAACCAAGUACAGAACCUAGUAGUUCAACACGAGCACCAAGUAGGAAAAGGCCGGCUGCUGGAACACUUGUUGUUUGCCCUGCAAGUGUUCUUCGACAAUGGGCCAGAGAGCUUAAAGAAAAAGUUGUUGAAGAGCAGAGACUUGCUGUUUUGGUUUAUCACGGGGGAAGUAGGACAAAGGAUCCUACUGAACUUGCAAGAUAUGAUGUGGUCCUCACAACAUAUGCUAUUGUGACUAAUGAAGUUCCAAAGCAGCCGUUGGUUGAGGAGGAUGAUAUUGAUGAAAAAAUGGGGGAAAGAUUUGGGAUAUCCUCUGAAUUUUCUGCCAGUAAAAAGAGGAAGCAGUUAUAUAAUGGAAGUAAGAAAAGUAAAAGGGGUAGAAAGGGAUUAGACGAAUCUUCAAUUGAAUCUGCUUCUGGUCCUCUUGCAAAAGUAGGUUGGUUUAGGGUUAUUCUAGAUGAAGCUCAAACAAUAAAGAACCAUAGAACUCAGGUAGCUAGAGCUUGCUGCAGUCUUAGGGCCAAAAGGAGGUGGUGCUUAUCUGGAACACCAAUUCAAAAUACAAUCGAUGAUUUGUAUAGCUACUUUAGGUUCCUGAAGUAUGAUCCUUAUGCUGUGUAUAAAUCGUUCUACAAUACAAUAAAAGUUCCGAUAUCCAGAAAUUCUAUCCAAGGGUACAAGAAGCUUCAGGCAGUUCUGAGGGCCAUUAUGCUUCGCCGUACAAAAGGAACUUUGAUCGAUGGGAAGCCAAUAAUCAAUUUACCUCCUAAAACAAUUGAGCUGACUAAGGUGGAUUUCUCCACUGAGGAGCGGGCCUUCUAUAUGCAGUUGGAAGCAGAUUCACGUUCCCAAUUUAAGGCCUAUGCUGCCGCUGGCACGGUGAAUCAAAACUAUGCAAAUAUUCUUUUAAUGCUUUUGCGUCUUCGUCAAGCUUGUGAUCACCCACGUCUUGUUAAAGAUUAUUAUUCUGAUCCUCUUGGGAAAUCCUCUGUGGAAAUGGCAAACUCACUUCCAAAGGAGAUGUUGAUUAAUCUGUUUAAUAGUUUGGAAACGACCUUUGCUAUAUGCUGUACUUGUGAGGAUCCACCUGAAGACGCAGUUGUUACAAUGUGUGGCCAUGUCUUCUGUUAUCAAUGUGUAUCAGAUUACUUGAAUGGUGAUGAUAAUACAUGCCCUGCUCGUGGUUGUAAAGCAGCACUUGCAGAAGAUGUUGUUUUCUCCAAAGCUACUUUGAGGAGUUGCUUGGCUGAUGAACUUGGUGGUAGUAAUUCCAUAAAAGCGCAUGAUUUUGAUCAUUCACUAGUGCAGCAGAGUGAGUACAGUUCAUCUAAAAUCAAAGCUGUCCUUGAGAUUCUGCAUUCAAAUUGUAAACUGAAUAGUCGUAGCUCUGGUUUACUAAAUUCUGGUGGAAGCCAUAGAGGUUCGCCAUCUGAUGAUGAUUUAUAUAUUGAAGAUUGCGACUCAGAUGUUAGGAUUAUGAAAAACACAAGAAAAUAUUCAGACUCCACAACUGUAGGACCAAUAAAAGCUAUAGUCUUUUCCCAAUGGACUAGCAUGUUGGACUUAGUUGAGGCAUCAUUGCAACAAUCCUGUAUGAAAUAUAGGAGACUUGAUGGGCGGAUGUCUCUGAUUGCUAGGGACAGAUCUGUUAAAGAUUUCAAUACUGAUCCCGAGGUAACUGUUAUGCUGAUGUCACUAAAAGCAGGAAAUCUUGGUUUGAAUAUGGUUGCUGCAUGCCAUGUUAUUCUUUUGGAUCUGUGGUGGAAUCCAACAACUGAAGAUCAAGCUAUUGAUCGAGCUCAUAGAAUUGGACAGACUCGUCCUGUUACUGUGACACGGCUUACUGUAAAAGAUACAGUUGAAGACAGAAUACUGGCUCUUCAGGAAGAGAAGAGGAAAAUGGUUGCAUCUGCUUUUGGGGAAGAACAUGCUGGCAGUUCUGCGACUCGCCUUACAAUGGAUGAUCUGAAAUAUCUUUUCAUGGUGUAGAACUUUUAGAUGAUCGCUUCCUUGUUCCCACCAUGCAUGGUGAAUGGUGAUAGCUACCUCAAGAUUUUGCUUUUGGAGGGUUAGGUUUGGAGAGAGUUCUGAAGGAUGCAUGCAUGGCUUCUUUUUUUUGGUGCCUGCUGACAUGUGUAGCUCAAGUUGGCUGGUGAGGUUGGUUAAUCCAACCGGUAACUUUGUCUAUUUUGGAGCCCUUAAAGGGCAUUUUUGUCCUCAGAACAUCUAUGUAGCAUAAAGCUGCCUGUAAAUAUCCUAAUUACAUUUAUUAUUAUGGAAAUGCUACCUUGUACAAUUUUAUUGUUCA